AUGGAAGUAAAGUAUGAAACAGAAGUCCAAGAAAAGCUGUCAAUGGAUUUGAUGAGAGAGCUUGGGUGCAACCUGGGAACAAUAAGAGCUCCUGGUAUCGGUUUGCUAUACAAUGAGUUGGUGAAGGGCGUGCUAGCAAUAUUUGGUCAUUUUCUCACUACUCUUCCCGCAAUCCACUCCAUGGUGAUUUUUGUCUGCAUAAAAUACGUCCCGGUACCAGUUGUACCCCAGAGUGAGAGGUUCCUCUUCAGACGUGUCUGCACCAAAAGCUAUCACUUAUUGCGUUGCAUUGCCAGGUAUGGUUACAAGGAUGCAAGAAAAGAGAACCACCAAGCAUUUGAGAAGCUACUGAUCGAGAGCCUCGAGAAGUUUAUACGGAGAGAGGCUAAAGAACGUUCCCUGGAGAGCGAUGGGCACCAUGAUUCAGACUCAGAGGAAAAUUUUGAAGGUACAAGAGUUGUGAUUGGCCCUAACGGAAGCAUGUAUUCAAUGGGGGAUCCUCUUCUCUCAGAGUACAUUGAGUUAAACAAACCGAUCAUGGAAAUGAAUACUUCCUCUGAUCAUACAAACCACCAUCCCUUCGACGCGUUGUCUGACUCCUCUGUAUCUGAAGCGAAGCAGAGCCUGGAGAGAGAGUUUCCUUUAAUAAACCAAGCCAAAGCAUCAGGGGUGGUAUAUCUACUGGGACAUGGUGAUUUAAGAGCAAGAAAAGCUUCAUGGUUCAUCAAGAAGUUAGUCAUUAAUUACUCUUAUGCGUUCUUGAGGAAAAACUGCAGAAGAGGGAUUGCAAAAUUUGAGUGUGCCUCAGCCGCAUCUGAUGCAGGUCGGCAUGACAUACAUGGUCUGAGAACAUAG